AUGUCAUCUAUCAUACGCGUUCUUUGUUCCCGGGCUUUUCCCCUAUUCCAAGCCAUAUGGUUCCAUUUACAUAUCGUAUUCGGCUCAAUCUUCAAGGCCUUACGAGGUCGGACACAUGCCAGUGAUUCUGACGCGAAUGAUACGUCUUCUCUACAUAUUUCCGCAAUUAAUGACUCGGCUGAGCCUGUUAAUGCUGAUUCCCAUGUUGAAUUUAUAGAGGUGCCACGAUAUUAUCCCCCCGGGGUUACGGAGAUUAUCGGUCGCGGUGGCGAGUGUUUCGUCGGUGCCAUUGAUGAGUUCACAGUCUUGAAAUAUCCAUGUAUCCCUGGCAAUUAUCAGAGCAUUCAAAUAGAGGCCCAGCUUCUUGAUGCUCUUGGAAGCCAUCCCCGGGUUAUCGCCUCAAAAGGCCUCACGGACAAUGGUCUUGUUCUACAGCGCGCAUCCAACGGUUCUCUGAUCGAUUAUAUCACAUCACAGUCAUUCAUACCUCUCAGUACAAAGCUUCUUUGGUGUAAGCAAGCUGCCGAAGCAAUCACUUAUAUCCACGGAAAACGUGUCAUUCACUGUGACAUAAAUCUUCGUAAUCUCCUGCUUGAUGAAAACCUCAAUAUACUACUUGCAGACUUUCAGGGGAUGCUGAAGUCCGUUGAUGGUGGCACAAUACUAGAUGGGCUCUCUCGGGAGUGCUCAAAGUCAUAUCAGCCUCGAGCCCAUGGGGAUUAUGCGAGUGUGGCAACCGAUCUUUUUGCGCUUGGUUCCGCCAUUUACUUUAUUAUGACCGGGCAUGAGGUCUUUCCUGAACUUGACAGCUUACAGGAUGAUGAAGAGAUCUUGUCACGAUUCCAAAAUGGACUCUUCCCGACUGAAAAUCAUCCUUGCUCUCAAAUUACAGAAAAAUGUUGGAAACAGCAAUACCGGCAGGCUGCUGAGGUUGUUUCAGAUCUUUCUCUCAUUCGAGUUACCUAG